GACGGUUAUCAUUUGAAGGGGGUGGCGGCGGCCCGAGCUGGAGCGGCCGGAGACCUGACCCAGCUACGGUGGUGAGAGGCGUGAAGCCGGCUCGGGCAGUUUGGUGAUCUCAGAUGCCAGAUGUUGGAAGGCAGUAGGACAACAGACAUUUUUCGUGGUUGUGUACAUACUGAGUUGCAGUGAUUGUCAUUGAACUCUGGUUCCUGUUAAUUGUUGGCCCUGCCCAUAAAGUUAAGCAGGAACUUGUUCCUGAAGGAUAAACAAGACACAGACUCAAUUGGACAUAAAUGGAUCUAAAGACAGCAGUGUUUAAUGCAGCUCGGGAUGGCAAGCUGCGCCUUCUUGCCAAGUUGUUGGCAAGCAAAUCAAAAGAGGAAGUGGCCUUGUUGAUCUCUGAAAAAACAAAUGGUGCCACUCCACUUUUGAUGGCAGCCCGAUAUGGGCACCUUGACAUGGUGGAAUACCUUUUGGAGCAGUGCAGUGCCUCCAUAGAGAUUGGAGGCUCUGUGAAUUUUGAUGGUGAAACGAUUGAGGGGGCCCCACCUUUAUGGGCAGCUUCUGCAGCAGGACAUUUGAAGGUAGUCCAAUCCUUGUUAGACCAUGGAGCAUCUGUCAACAACACAACUUUGACAAAUUCAACUCCUCUUAGGGCUGCCUGUUUUGAUGGUCACCUGGAAAUAGUCAAAUAUCUUGUGGAACACAAAGCUGAUUUGGAAGUUUCAAACCGUCAUGGUCAUACAUGCUUAAUGAUUUCAUGUUACAAAGGACAUAAAGAAAUUGCUCAGUAUUUACUUGAAAAGGGGGCUGAUGUUAAUAGAAAAAGUGUUAAAGGAAACACUGCACUGCAUGAUUGCGCAGAAUCUGGAAGUUUGGACAUCAUGAAAAUGCUUCUUAAGUAUAGUGCCAAGAUGGAAAAGGAUGGCUAUGGAAUGACUCCCCUUCUGUCAGCAAGUGUGACAGGUCACACAAAUAUUGUGGAUUUUCUGACACAACAUGCACAGACUAGCAAGACAGAACGCAUUAAUGCCUUAGAACUUUUGGGAGCUACAUUUGUAGACAAAAAAAGAGAUCUACUUGGGGCUUUGAAAUACUGGAAAAGAGCAAUGGACAUGAGGUACAGUGACAGGACUAAUAUCAUCAGCAAACCUGUACCACAAACAUUAAUAAUGGCUUAUGACUAUGCCAAGGAAGUGAACAGUGCAGAAGAACUAGAAAACCUUAUUGCUGACCCUGAUGAGAUGAGAAUGCAAGCUCUAUUAAUUAGAGAACGUAUUCUUGGUCCUUCUCACCCAGAUACAUCUUAUUAUAUUAGAUACAGAGGUGCUGUCUAUGCAGACUCUGGAAAUUUCAAAAGAUGCAUCAAUCUGUGGAAAUAUGCUUUGGAUAUGCAGCAGAACAAUUUGGACCCCUUGAGCCCAAUGACUGCUAGUAGUUUAUUAUCUUUUGCAGAGUUGUUCUCUUUCAUGCUACAGGAUAGGGCAAAAGGCUUAUUGGGAACGACCGUUACAUUUGAUGAUCUUAUGGGUAUAUUGUGCAAAAGCGUCCUUGAGAUAGAUAGAGCUAUCAAACAAACUCAGUGUCCACCUGACCAAAUACAGUUGAAUAAAGCCCUUUCCAUCAUUUUGCACUUAGUUUGUUUGUUAGAAAAAGUUCCUUGUACUCCAGAACAGGAUCAUUUUAAGAAGCAAACUAUAUACAAGUUUCUUAAGCUGCACCCUAGAGGAAAGAAUAACUUUAGCCCUCUUCAUCUGGCUGUGGACAAGAAUACCACGUGUGUAGGUCGAUAUCCUGUUUGUAAAUUCCCAUCUCUGCAAGUUACUGCAGUACUGGUGGAAUGUGGUGCUGAUGUGAAUGUCAGAGACUCUGAUGACAACAGUCCCUUGCACAUUGCUGCACUUAACAACCAUCCAGACAUCAUGAACCUCCUUAUCAAAUCGGGUUCACAUUUUGAUGCCACAAACUCUCACAAACAAACUGCUAGUGACUUGUUGGAUGAGAAGGAGAUAGCUAAAAAUUUGAUCCAGCCCAUAAAUCAUACAACAUUGCAGUGUCUUGCUGCUCGUGUUAUAGUGAAUCAUAGCAUAUGUUACAAAGGGCACAUCCCAGAAAAGCUGGAGAACUUUGUUUUACUUCAUAGAUGAUAAUUUGACUGAAUUCUUAAUACUGUUGAAGCACGAGUUGGUAACAGUUGUUUCAUAUUUGAGCACUGUUGUGAUAACACCAGCAUUCAUAUAACUUGAUAACAUUGUGCUUUCAUUGGCUAAAGCAUUAUGAGCAUCAGAUUUGCAGAAUUGGUUGCCCCAUAUUUAAUAUAAAUAUGCCAUAUAUUGUUUUGUGGAUUAUUGAUAAAUGUAAUGCCAUAUUCAAACUCCUAAAAUUGUCUGCCAAAGCCCUGUCUGUCUUGUUUUAUUUGCCUGUUGGGUGUGGGGACUGAAUUCUAUUUUUCACUGGUCUCUUUAUACAAUUCUUGGUUUGCAGGUAUCGAGCAAUUGAAAGCCUUUUUUGUUGCCCCUUUUUUCCUGGCUAGGCUUGCCUGUCCCUUCUUCUCCCUGUUUUAUUCUCUUCUUCCUUCCCUUUCUCUUUUCCUUCUUCCCACUAUUCUUUCUGUUCUCCUCUUUCCCUCCCUCCAUGCCCCUUUCCUUCCCAUGUCCUACCAUCCUUUUUUUUUCUUUCUUUCCUUCCUCCCUUCCUCUUUGCCUUCCCAUUUGUUCUCUUGCCUUCCCUUCCCCUCUUGGGGGGAAUGGGGUGGGGUAGAGAGAGUGGAGUAGCCAUAGAGAGGGAGCUUGGGCUUAAACAUUUCUGGUUUUUAUUUUUAUUUUUUGUAAUGAUUCAUUGCUGGGUUGUACAAGCUUUAUUGACUUUUUACCAUUUGCAGUUACCACAAGUGCUUUAUAUUCUCUAUGCACUGGCUUACACAUGACUGUUGUAUGUUAGCAUAUUUCUAUGCAGCAGUUUGCCAACUUCAGCUCAAACCACUGUUUUGAAGAGUUUGUUAAAUUAUUUUAUUAAAACACUUCACAGCAUGACCUUUUUUUUUUUUUUUUUUUUUUAAAGAGCUAUGUCAGUUGCCUAAAGUUUUUCUGAUGGUUUUUUUUUUUUCCAGGAUAUUUGUGCAGUUGCUUUCUCUAAUACACUGAAAUUAUUAUGUGCUCAAUUUGGGAGACCUAUUCGUCACUCACUGACCCAGAUGAAAUUUGUCUGCCAUCUUGCAUCAUGAAACAAAAGGAAAAAAUCUUUAGAUAAAAACUGGCAUACCUUUCAUGCUGCACCAGUGCUGUUUUGCAUGUACUAAUUGUGUGAUUGUGUAUGGAUUUGCUCAAAGUUAUCUCAAAUUUAAUCACACAGUUUAACGAGAAAUAGAUGUUCAUACUAUAAAAUUACAGAUCACCUUAUUUUUAAAGAUUGCCUUCCUUAGUUACAAGAAACUAAAGCAUGUCAGUGGCAUGAUGCUUGCCAAUCUAAACCUAGGCAUCUAGUUUAAUAAUAUUUUAGUAAAUGGUAUAAUUUCAUGGUAUAAAAGGUUCAAAUAAGUGUCCCAUUUUUCCUUAAGUUUAAAUACACUUCCUAAAAAAUAACUUGCAUGAUUUGUCUUUAUCUUUUAGCCAUAUAAGAAGGUUGCAGUACUCCUUAGCCCCUUACUGAAAGCUAUAUUUAAAAAAAAAAUGUAUAUAAUGUGUGCACAACAAUUUGAUAUUAAAGCAGAAAGGGCUUUUUUGACUUAAAAGUAUAAGUAAAUUAUAAAUAAAGACUACAAAUGUAUAAAAUUCAGGUAAUUACCGUUCAGCACUUUAUUGUUAUUCAGAAUAAAGUUUGAUAGCUUAUCACUGCAGAUGUCUUAAAAUGAAAUUGUUCUGAAUAAAAAGUUCCUCACUGAUUUGAGGGAGAAAAAAUCAGUUGACCUGUGGUACUAGGGCACUGGCAACAUUUUGUUUAGUGGGUUUAUGUAAUGUAAAGAUUAUCUUAUGAGAUAGUCUUGUGGCCAAUAAUUGAGAUCACCUGCACAUUUUCAGAAAAUCUUUUCUUCUCUCCUUUUCUCCUCACCCUUCUUUAAAUAAUUUUACUUUUGUGCAUUUAAUUAGUUAACCAUUCAACAUCCUGGAUUUUGGCUAGCAAAGGAAUACUUUCCCACCUAUUAGCUAAUUUAAAUUGUGGGGUGGAGAUAGAGGUGUCCCUUUGGUGUAUAUUUUAUGAAAUUUUAGACCACCAAUGAGUAUGUUGCCUUUUAUGAUUCAGGACUAAUAUUUUGCCAACUUUUAUUUAAACCAUCCCACUAUUCAGUGUAAGAAUUUAAUACUUUGUGAGUGAUUUUUUAAAAAGAAAAUUUGACAAGUACAGUAAAUCUAAAUUGAGCUGUUAAAUAUUUAAACUCAUCUCUUUUUUGGUAGGCAUAAAGAGAGUUUUAAAAAGUGAUUCUAAUAUUUUUCCUCUUUUGCAUAUCCCUUUUAUGUGCUUUCUUAGUAAGGGAUCUCAAAGAGUCCUCUAGGGAUGAAUCACAAUUGGAAGGACUCUUUACUUUAAAAUGUAGCAUUUCCUUACUGAUGACAAUAGAUUACUUAGAAUUAUUCUGUAGUAGUGACAGUGAAGAUUCCUAGCUAGUUUGAAAUCAAAAUAUAUUGAGGUGUCAUCAUAAAAGAAAAUUUUAUUUUGAGAGUUGUUAAUUAGAUUCCUUUACAUAUGAUAAAGCCUUUUGUGGUAUUGUUAAAAGAAUAUUGUGAAACCAAAUAAAACAAGAUACUUGGUAUUUUUUUUUUUAACCAUUUAUUAAAUUUAUCCCUAGUGUGAACUGAUUGUACUAAUUUGGUUUAGAUCUACUGCAGAUAAAUAGUAUAAGCUGUAGUUAAUGCAAGUUAACAUUAUGUCUGCUAUGUUCUUUUUUCACCUAUUGGCAUUCAGUUUUUUCUACUGGACACUUUUUUAAAGUAGAAAUUUCCAUUUCAACUAGAUGCCAGUUUAUUUUAUAUGGACAAAUAGGUUUUAAGUAAAAAAAAUACUAAUUUUCUUUCAACUCAUUUUUUAAUAAGGGCUUAAACCCAAAUUAAUAAAGGAAGAUAAUAAGAUGCCCUUAAAUUUAACACUACAUUGAACAUUUCAGAGACCCCAACUACUGUGACUUUGAAUAAAUAUUUAAAUUAUUUUUGGCAGAAUAACUAUAAAGUUGUGUUGUCUACCAGAAAUAAUAGCCUGGAAUGCAAGAAUUUUAGCCUUUUUAAUUUCUAAGCAUAGGAUAAAUCUCUGUACUCAUGUAUACUGAAAUAUAGGAUUGUUGACUGGCACCUUUUGGGUCAGAUAGUAAAGAGCUUUGAAGAAUAUGAUUAUUAACCACCCUUUCUGUCUUAUUUUCCUAAUCAACAGCUCUCUUUUGUCAGUUUCCCAUUGUGUAUCUUUUCCAAAGCAAUACUGUGUUCAGAUAUGACAACCAAUGAAUUGUCACACAAUGGUAAAAUGACAUGCCACAAUGUACAUUGUGAGGCAUAAUAAAAUUAAACAUUUACACCAAA